UUUUCCCAUCUUUUACUUUGUUAUCUAACCUGCAAAUUGGGUGACCUCAAAUGGGUAUUUUUUGAAUUUGGUUGAUUAACAGAUAUAUCUGCGUUGAAGUUUUGUCUUUUGACUCAACAAUGGAUUAAUUCUGAAAUUAAAAUUACCAAUUCUUGGUUGUCUGUUUGCCUUAUGAUUGUGACGGUUGAACUUUUUAGCUGAUCAUUUAUGGUUGCUUGCUUGCUUACUGAGAUUGUGUGAAUGAAACCCUUUGAUGCCCAUUUAGAAAACAGGAGGAGAAAAAAGUAAUCUUUUUUGUAAUCCAUGGAAAUUUUUGAUGUUUUACAAUCGUAUCUACUUUCUAAUAGUGUUUGUUAUUGUAUAAGUUCUGAUUGAAUUCACGGCUAGUAGCUUUUGCUCAAACAGUGAAUUGUGUUAAGAAAUUCAUUAUUCAGAACCCAUUUAGUAGCUGUUCUAAAAUCCAAAACCCAUAAAGUUGAAAUUAUGCUCCGGGUGCUAUGCAGUGGCUUAAUUCCCAAAGAAAGUAAAAAAUUUCACUGAGUUUCAUAUAUAAUUGCAUAUAAAGAUAUCACAUUUAACUACUGUAUUGGGCACUCUGAAUUUUGGAAGUAAAAGGGUCCAAGUGGAGUUGAAUGAAUAUUGAGGAUUCAUAUAGCCAACAAGAAUUGUUUGGAGUUAAGCCUUUAAGGUGUCGAACAUCAUACUUUUCUUUCUUAAGGCCUUGAUCAGAAAGGGCAUUCACUCAUUCGGGAUUUCCUGAAGAGAGCGGGUGCCCAAUUGGCUCGCUUCUUCAUUUGCUUGCUGAAGGCCUUUUGUCAGUUCUAUUAAGUUACCCCAAAUUUCGAUCACCACAACUUUUGCUUCCACAAUCAGGAAAUAGAGACAAUUGGGGAUUGUCAAUGACACUUGAAAAGGUUUUUGAGGUACUAUCAUAGCUUGAAAGAGAUAUAAUGGGUGCAGUUUGUUGCUGCUUGCGAGACGAAUGUGAAGAUUUUGCCAACCCAAACAGCUCAAUGUAUAGGAACUGUAUAUGCUUUCCAACUCUUGUUCAGAACUUCUUGCAUGUGUAUGCAUCACUUUUCCAUAGAGGAGAAAGACAUGUCAUUCCUUCAUCGGAUCAAGGUGCAGCAUCUUUGAGUUCUACAGCAUCUCUUGAUGACUCACUAUCUGACAUGUACCGUUCUCCUCCGAGACCACUGCCAUAUGAUGCUGAUCCAAGAUAUUUCCGCUUGCAACAAGAUGGACAAGUCCCAAGAAGGGAGAAAGGCUCGAGCCACUCAUAUGAGGAAACUGAACCACUACAAAGAAAUUUUGAUGACCCUGAAUCGUUAAGUGAUGUAAAUAAAUGGAGUCUGCCUACAUUUGAAGAAGGAUCAAAAGAAUACAAUAAGUCUUCUGUGGAAUUCUCAACUGCUAAAAUGACUUCUGGAGAUGCUCAUAGCUAUUAUUAUUCAGAAGAUGAAGAUGUCUGCCCAACCUGUCUUGAAGAAUAUACAGAGGAAAACCCAAAAAUAAUAACAAAAUGCUCUCACCAUUUCCACCUGAGUUGUAUAUAUGAGUGGAUGGAAAGAAGUGACAGCUGUCCAGUUUGUGGCAAGGUGAUGGCAUUUGACGAGACAACCUAAUCUUUGCUCAAGAAGUUACAGUUCCAGAGGGGUGAAACCAGCAGUAGUAAGGGAUUAUAAAACCAGAACAGAUAAAUUUAAAGUCUGUGUGAAUACCAUUUUGCCAAAUACAUAUAUGUUAUCAUGUACAGUAAAAUAUAAAAUAAGUACUAAUUGUUAAACAUAUCCCUGAUUAAUGCUUGAGUUUCCAUAUUGUUAUAUGGUUUUCACUUUAA